AUGGCUGAUCCACAUUGGUAUGAUAACAUUGAGGAUCCAUACUUGAGGGAUUUCUAUGAUACAGCGACGAAUUAUUAUAACACGGGGUAUUAUUAUUAUUAUCAGCUAACAAGUGAAUACAUUGAUAAUCAGUUUCCUUUUAUGGUGAGUACAAAUUCCCAAAGUUGUCAUACAUAUAUUGGACAGAGUUCGUUUGAAUACAUUGACUAUCCAUACUUAUGGGAUGACGUCUAUAAUCACCCAACAGGUGAAUUCAUGGAUGGUGUCUAUGUCAUAAAUGAAAGUGAAUUCAUUGAUCAUCAUCACUACUUUGCUCCACACAACUCAGGUUUUACGGGUUCUGAUCAUACAUAUAAUGGACAGAGUUCGUUUGAUCACAUUGACUAUCCAAACUUGUGGGAUGACUUCUAUAAUCAGCCGACAGGUGAAUUUAUUAAUGGUUUCUAUGUCACAACUGAAUUCAUUGACGAUGAGUAUGACACAACUGAAAGUGGAUCCACUGACGAUGGCUCUGACACAACAGAAAGUGGAUCUGAUGAUGAUGCCGAUGACAUAGCUUAUCUGAGAGGCUUAUUGGAAAAUCUUAUGUCGACUUUGGAAGGUGACAAGGAUGAGGAGGAGGUCAAAGAGGAGAUCAUAGCAAAUAUGAUGAAAAUAAGAACUCAUUGUGGUACUAACGAUGGAGGAGAUAUAUGUGUUAUUUGCCAAUGCGAAUAUGAGAGUGAUGAGACAAUUGGCACUCUUGAAUGUCAACAUGAAUAUCACUCAGGCUGCAUAAAGGAAUGGAUGCUGAAGGGGAAGAUAUCUUGUCCAAUUUACAAGGAUAGAGCAGUAAGUUUAUUGCACUUGUGUAGAGAAAUUGGCUUUGCAUUUGUGUUCUAUAGGGAUUUUUCUGAUAAAGGUGGUGGUUCGACCAAAUUGCAUGCGACUUUACUAUUCUAUCGGGUACCUGCUACAUCACACCAGAACAGAUUGGAUAACUUAUCCACGUUUCACAGGGGAUGUAAAUCUGCUAAGGGAAUCAGUAUGGAUGCAGUACAUACCUCAGAAGCCAAAGCUGUUGUUGCUGGACCCAAGAAUCUCUCUUUCUCGGCUUCUGCUCAAGACCUCAGAAUGUUUGAGAUGGAAAAGGAGAAACACGAUGAUUCUUAUUCUAGAGGAGUUAUGGAAGUGAGCAUCAGAAACCCAGAGAAUGGCUCCAUUUCUCCUAAAGACAAACCCUCAGGUUCUCAAGUCGGUUUGUCAAAUCCACGGACGUCCUCUCGCUGGCAUAAGUUCUUCAAGAUGUGGAAAAGAAGUUCCGUCAAAAGACUGCCUUCUUUUCCACCCUUAGCUGUGCCAAGGAUGUCAACAAGGAAAAGCAGAAGUGCGAGGGAGAAUGUAGCAGCGGGAAUUUACCACUUCAGAUCUUCCUGGAAAAACUUCAGCCUAUCUGAACUAAACAAUGCAACCAACAAUUUUAGCAAAGAAAACUUGAUUGGCAAAGGAGGGUACGCUGAAGUUUACAAGGGUUGUUUGCCUGAUGGUCAGCUUAUCGCGGUUAAGCGCCUCAAUAAGGGUACAGCAGAGCAGCAGGAACAAAGCUUCCUAUGUGAAAUAGGUACUAUAGCACACGUAGACCAUCCUAAUACUGCAAGGAUGGUUGGUUAUGGAGUGGAAGGAGGGACAUACCUAGUUCUUCAGUUAUCUUCUCAAGGGAGCUUAGGAUCAUUUCUUCGUGGCUCAAGGGAAAAACUAGAUUGGGCCGCCAGGUACAAAAUAAUAUUUGGAAUAGCAAAUGGCCUAAUGUACCUUCAUGAGAAUUGCCAAAGGCGGAUUAUACACAGAGAUAUUAAAGCUGAUAAUAUUCUACUUACGGAAGAUUUUGUGCCUCAGAUUUGUGACUUUGGCCUCGCAAAGUGGCUUCCCAAAGAGUGGACACAUCAUAAUGUCGGCAAGUUUGAAGGCACAUUUGGUUAUUUCGCUCCGGAGUACUUUAUGCAUGGCACUGUGGAUGAGAAAACAGAUGUAUUUUCAUUUGGUGUGCUGCUAUUGGAGAUAAUAACUGGAAGGCAAGCAUUAGAUGAUUCACAGCAGAGCCUUGUGAUUUGGGCAAAACCUCUGCUCCAUAAGCACGACGUGAAAGGACUAAUUGAUCCUGUUCUUGGUGAUAAUUACAAUCCAAAAGAGAUGGAGCGAGUUAUUAUAACUGCUGGCUUAUGUGUAGAACAGAAUCCACUUAUGCGGCCUCGAAUGAAUCAGGCUCUUGUCCUAAUGAAGACUGAAGACGACUGCUACAAGCAGAACUUCCUGCGAAAGAGGACAUAUUCAGAAGAACUCUUGGAUGCAUCGGAGUACAACUCGACGAAAUGCCUGAAUGAUUUUAAAAAGCUUAAUCUAAGAAGUUCAGUUUCUGAAAACAACAUAAAGACCUCAGCAGCUUAGCUAGAAUUGGUAAUU